AUGAAUCGAUGGAUCUCCGGAAAGCUAGUUGUGCUCGGCGAUGCUGCCCACGCCAUGCUUCCCUAUAUGUCCCAAGGGGCUGCCAUUGCCGUUGAAGAUGGAGUUGCUCUCGCCCAGAGCCUGAGUAAGAUCAAAUCAACAACGCAGAUUCCACUGGCUCUCUCCGUGUUUGAAAGCGUACGAGUGGAAAGAGCAAGUAAAAUGCAGGAGGCUAGUCUUCUGAAUGGGAAGCUGUGGCAUUUCGCCGAUGGUCCUCUUCAGCAGGCCCGCGAUGCUGCCAUGCGACCGGAGGUUGAGAAUCGGCCUUUCUCCCACAGUCCAAAUCAAUGGAGUGAUCCUGCGACACAGAUGUGGUGUUAUGCGUGA